GAGUUGUAGCCGGUUUAGCUCUCACCAGCAGGAGUCGGGUUUGUGCUUCACCUACACAAUGCGCCCUCUUGUCCCAUCCCACUGAGCUGUCUACUAUGCUGGACCACCAGUCAACAUUCUUUCCAGCAACAGGAGAUGCAGCCACAAAUCUGACAGGGAGACAAAGAGGCUUCUUUCAUUUUAACACUUCACAUUCCAAUACAAAUUGAAUAGCAGGUAACGGCUGAAACAUGCCCGAACUAAGUAGCAGAUCUCCUGGACGGAUCAGCCCGAGAAAGCGGCGGCACAGUGGAUCGAGCAGCGGCAGAUCCCGAAGCAGAUCCCGGGAGCGACAGGUCAGUCCUACCGUACACCACUCCAAACACAACGGUACAGACGAGCGAAAAUGGAAGGGACCUGAAAACAGGGCGAGGAGCAAGAACAGAUUCCGGGUUGCUUCACGCAGUCGGUCCAGAUCGAGAGAGCGAGAGAAGAACUCGUGGACUCAUGAUCGUGGACAUCACGGAGGAUCACGAUCUGAUUAUUACGACAAGAGGGACGAUAUCCAACGACAAAGACAAGAAGCCUUCAUAGCUAGGCGCCUACAAGAGCGUGAGAGGAUUGGUGAGCUGGGAUGUCCUGAGGUGUGGGGCUAUUCACCAAGAGUCAGAGAACCAGACUCAGAUGAACACACUCCUGUUGAAAAGGAUGUGAAGCACAGCAGCUCUGACUCAGGUUCAGAAGAUAAAAAGAAGAAAAAGAAGAAGAGAAAGUCAAAGAAAAAGAAAUCCAGGAAGCACUCAGAGGACAGCGAGUCAGAAAGUGACUCAAAGGAAGAGGUAAAGAAGAAGAAGAAAAAGAAGAAAAGUAAAAAGAAGAAAUCCAAAAAGAAGAAGGCUAAGAAAAGCCGCAAGGAGUCUAGCAGUUCCAGCAGCGAUCAGUCAGCAGAGGAAGAAGAGGACAUCAACGGAGAGCUUUGGGUGGAGAGAACUGGAAUUGAUAACCAUGUGGUUGGACCUGAAGCUCCACUAACUCACCUGUCUCAGGAUGAUAAACCAUUAGAUUUUGGUCAUGCUUUGCUACCUGGUGAAGGUGCUGCCAUGGCGGAGUACGUAAAAGCAGGAAAGCGCAUUCCGAGAAGAGGAGAAAUCGGUUUGACCAGCAAUGAGAUUGCAGACUUUGAGAAGUCUGGAUAUGUAAUGAGUGGAAGCAGGCAUCGGCGUAUGGAGGCUGUGCGUCUGAGAAAGGAAAACCAGAUCUACAGUGCAGACGAAAAGAGAGCUCUCGCCUCCUUCAACCAGGAAGAAAGGAGAAAGAGAGAAAGCAAAAUCCUCUCCAGCUUCAGAGAAAUGGUGUACAGGAAGACUAAAGGCAAAGAGGAGAAGUAGAAGGUCGAGCACAGUGCUAACAGUUCCAACCUUGGUUUUAAUCUAUGAUUUUGCAUAUGCAGAUUUAAAUAUCCUUAAUUAUGGAUUUUGUAAAUGCUCACUCUGCAUAUUCAUUUAGCAAACCUUAAUUGUAUUUUAUUUCUUUAAAUAAAGUGCUGUGAUUCUGA